UGCGAUAUGUGUUUUUUCCUGUUGACUCAGAACCCUUUCUCACAUUGAACUUUGAUGCUGAAUUUCAACUGUUGUUUAUAGAUAUCCUUAAUUACCUUCUGAUAACUUUGUAAUUAGCAGAGAGACUUUGCUGAGACAUGGAGGACCCAGAUAUACGACAACAGAAGCUGGACAAUCAGCGUGCCCUUUUGAUGAAAAAGCAGCAAAAGAAGAGGGCUGAUUCUCAAAUGGUGAUGGCCAAUCGGGAUACUCGCCAAAAGAACCGAAAGCACAGAGCUGCCCACUCUGAUGAAACACCUCUGUUGAUCAGCCAAUCCCUGAGCAACACUUCUCUGACCGAUCAAGUUGAACAUGCCCAUGAUAACCCAUUGGAUGAGAUCACACUGGGUGAAUGUGAUAUGACAGCAAGUAUGACGUUAGAGGAGAUGCCUUCAGAGAAGCCACUCACUCCCAAGAAAAUGAACUUGGACAUUGACAAAGAGCCUGAGGUGAAAUGUGUUGUGGAGGAUGAUGCCCAGGUGGAGGGAAAAAAGACAAAGAAGAAAGAUGUGAAAAAAGAAAAAGUGGAACAGAACAAGGAAAAGGAGAAAGAAAAGGACAGAGACAAGGAGAAAAAGGAGAAAAAAACAAAGAAGAAGGACAAAGUGAAAGAAUCUGAAGACACACAGAAGACAAACAAGACAACCAAACAAGAGCGUAAAAGUAACAUCAAGAUGGACUUACAGGAGCCUUCAUGUCUGGAGACAGAGUCAGCGAUGGAGAUGGCAAGUCCAAAGAAGAACAAACGUGAUGAAAGGGACGAUGAAGAGGAAGACAGGUCCCAGAGGGCUGUCCCUCAGUCGCCAAAGAGGAAAAAACAACUCGACACAUCCAGGUGCCAAAUAAGUGAGGAGAGCAAAGACGAGGAGGUCCAGGAAAAGGAGAAUAAGGGAAAAAAGACAAAGCAAAACAAAGCAGAGAAAUCUACGCCGAGUCUGGCUUCGCUUAACUCCAACUACAGGGAGAGUUCAUCUUCAAGCAGUGAAUUUAAUGAAAGAUCAACAUCGCCAGUGUCAGUGGAGGAUCUUGAGAAGUUUGCUCUGCGUCCUGCUCCCAAAGAUGUAACGAUCCAGUGCAGGGUCACCAGGGACAGGAGAGGCAUGGAGAAGGGCAUUUACCCAACUUACUACCUCCACAUGGAAAAAGAGGAUGGAAAGAGAGUGUUUCUAAUGGCAGGCAGAAAAAGGAAGAAGUGUAAAACAUCCAACUAUCUCAUCUCCACUGAUGCAACAAAUCUGUCCAGAGACACAAACUGCUACAUAGGAAAACUAAGGUCCAACGUUCUGGGUACAAAGUUCACGGUCUAUGAUGGAGGAGAAAACCCAGAGAAAAAGCCCUUCAUCAAAGAGUGUGAAUCAGUGCGGCAAGAGCUGGCAGCAAUUUGCUAUGAGACAAAUGUUCUUGGCUUCAAGGGUCCCAGGAAAAUGACAGUGAUCAUCCCUGGCAUGCUGGAGAACGAUGAACGAGUGUCUAUUCGUCCAAAAAAUGAUCUUGAAACUCUACUGGUCCGCCAUGCAAACGGCAACGCAGACAAACUGGUCACCCUGGUGAACAAAUCCCCCAGCUGGAACGAACAGACUCAGUCUUAUGUGCUUAACUUCCACGGGCGUGUCACCCAGGCCUCUGUCAAAAACUUCCAGAUCAUCCACCCUGACAACGACGAUUACAUAGUGAUGCAGUUUGGCCGUGUGGCAGAGGACGUCUUCUCCAUGGAUUACAGUUUCCCCAUGUGUGCCCUGCAAGCAUUUGCCAUCACCCUGUCAUCCUUUGAUGGCAAACUAGCCUGUGAGUGACCCAUGCUGGUGUGCUUCAAGUGCAUAACUAGACCCAUGGUCAAGAUAGAAAGUUAAAACUAUACCCGUCAUUUUACACAGAAUAAUUUUCAUGUUUUGUAUCCUGGUGCAUUGUAGCACCAUGUAUGUACUAAAUAUGGACAAAAUGCCACAGACUUAGAUUUCAGAGGAGACUUGUUUUAUAGGUCCAGUAUUAUUUUAUCACAGAUUUUAUAUCAACAUGUAAGCAAAGUAAUUUAAGAUAGUACAAUUUAAUUUAAUGGUGUCUCUUUUUAUAUUUGCCAGAUGUGUAAUGGACUCAUGCAAUUAAAAUAAUGAGGACAACUGUGUAAACACUA